GCAUAAGGACUAGGGCAUUAGAAAAUAUUAAUAACCUGAAAAUAUUAAUACAAGGAAUACUGAUCCCAACAUCAGUACAAAUGGUCGAUUCCAAGGACGAGAUACUGAUCUUAGAAAACAAUUGGUUCGAAAAGGUCAAGGCAAGAAUCUAUAUUGAUAAACAAAAGUUAGUACUGAAAUACAAGAGUCAAAUGAUCAAGGUUCUAAUUACCAAUAAUAGAGCAAGAAAGGUGUCCACCAAUAAAACUGAUGAUUAUGAGCAAUAUAAUGAAGAAUGGACUGAUAAAUUGUUAAACAAAAUCAUAUAUGAGAAAAAAAAAGUAAAAGUAAAAGAAGGUGACUUGGGAUCCAAUGAUGAGACAAGAUCUGAGGGAUUAAGCCCCACCAUGUACUUUAUCCAAGUUAGAGAAUCGUUGCCAUUAGAAGAGGAGAAACUGAGUGAAGAAGUGAGUAUUGAAAAAGGCAACAAGGCAAGUAUCAUCAUGGAGGAAUCAAGCCAUACUGAGGAUGAACAAAUCAUUAAGUCAGCAAUUAAUUUUGAUACCAGCAUGCUCGAAGAAGAUGCCGUGGUGCUAAUUGAGGAACUGCCAAUGCUAAUGGAGCCGACACAAGAGAAAAACAUCAAAGAAAAGAUUAAGAAACUAGAAAUGGAUGACAAACUCAAAGAGGAACAGGUGGGACAGAUAAAAAACACGUUGAAACAAGGACCUGACAUAUUUGUACAAUCUGUAUCAGAGUUGGAUUGCACCAAAAUCUAUAGUACAACUUUAUUAGAAACAAAAGGAGAUAAGGGAAAGGAAUAA